AUGGAGAACGGAGAGAUUCCUGAGAACGCCAAUGAACACUGCCCAGGUCCUCAAUCGGAGACUGCUGGAAAGUCUGAUUCUUGCGCAGGUUGCCCUAAUCAGGAAGUAUGUGCUACUGCUCCUAAAGGACCUGAUCCAGAUUUGGUGGCCAUAGCAGAGAGAAUGAGCACCGUUAAGCACAAGAUUCUGGUUUUAUCUGGGAAAGGUGGGGUUGGUAAGAGCACUUUCUCAGCUCAGCUCUCCUUCGCCCUCGCGGGAAUGGACCAUCAAGUAGGCCUUAUGGAUAUAGAUAUAUGCGGCCCAAGCAUGCCCAAAAUGCUAGGCCUUGAAGGGCAUGAGAUUCACCAGAGCAACCUCGGAUGGUCCCCGGUAUAUGUGGAGGAAAACCUCGGUGUCAUGUCCAUAGGUUUCAUGCUCCCCAACUCUGACGACGCUGUUGUAUGGAGAGGUCCUCGCAAGAACGCUCUCAUCAAACAGUUCUUGAAAGACGUCGACUGGGGAGAGAUCGAUUACCUCGUGGUUGAUGCCCCACCAGGAACAUCUGACGAGCACAUCUCAAUCGUCCAGUACCUCCAAGCCACUGGGAUCGACGGUGCAAUCAUCGUCACGACCCCGCAGGAAGUCUCGUUGAUCAUGUGA